AUGACAUCCUCGUCAACAUCCUCCUCACCUCCACCACCCGACCCUGACGACUACCUAUUCCAAUCACACUACCAACCAAAUCCUACGCAUCCGAACCCCUCUCAACCCCUAACGCCCCGACCACAUUCUCGACCCAGCUCAUCCUCUCUCCUCCGACCCUCUCGCCCCACCACUCCCGAUUCCUCCGCCGAUGAACUCGAACCCCCCGUCCCGCGUGCCUCCCCCAAGGUUCCAACCUACGAAUACUACGGUUUCGUACUCUACCUUUUCUCCUCUCUAACCUUCCUGCUCUAUCUCCUCUGGUCCUACCUCCCAUCUCCCUUCCUACACGCUCUAGGAAUCUACUACUAUCCCAAUCGUUGGUGGUCUCUCGCGUUACCGAGUUGGAUUGUUAUGCUUCUCGUAUAUAUCUAUGUCGCGCUCGCGAGUUAUAAUACCGGAUACCUUACACUAGGUAUGAGUAAUGUGGAGACGAUUAUAGAUGGGGCUGCGAAUGUGUGUUUAGUUGAUGGGAGGGGAAUGGCGGGAGCGAGUCAUGCCAGUCAGGAGGAGAAUGCUAGGGAGAAAGAUAGGAGGAGAGGUAAGGAGAAGGAAAGGGGUACGGGCUAUACUGGGGGAGGGAAAGAGGCGGAUGUGAGGGCAUGGAAGAAAGUUUGGAGUCGAGGUACGGAUGCUGUUAUGGAUGUACCAUUGGGUGGUGUAUGUGAAAUUCUAUAUGGAGAUGGGAGGGAGGAUCUUGAGAUGGACGAUGAUGAUUAUUAUUGA